GUCCAACUUUCAGUAAUUAAACUUUGUUCUGUCAUAUAAAAAAAUAAAUAGAUAUCUUUUUGGUAAAUUAUUUAUAUUAUUGUAGUGUACUGUGAUCAUUAGUGUUUAGGUUAUUAAAUUGAGUUAUACCAUACAUACUUUAUGUCAUAAGAGAAGAUAAAUAAAUAUGACGCACAAUACGAAUCAAAACUUUUCUUUCCAAAGAAGUCAGUCAGUUGAUCUAACUCAACCUCAGUCGAGGACAUUUUUUCAUGCAACUAGUAAUAGCAACUUAUCUUCAAUAUCUGCUCCAGCUUCUUUUCAGAGAAGAACAGUAGAAAGUGCAAGACAAUUGCGGGAUAGCAUAACUACAGUCAUUAGAGAUUUAGAGCCUCUUGUGGAAACUGCGCGAUCAGUCAAUGCAGAAGUUACUAACUUUCUAAGUAGACCUCAAUCUGAACAGACUGUUCCUAGACCAGCUAAUGAAAGUCAUAAUGAUAGUUUUUAUAUUAAUUUAGAAGUAGAACCGACCAGGGAUCCUGAAAUUCCUAUUCAACCGGAAAAUGAAAUAAACCCAGGAAAUAAUGCUGAUAAUAACAAUACAGAGAAUGAUGAAAGAAAUCAGACUGUAGCUGAAGCUCAACAGUUUCUUAAAGUGUUAUCAAAAUAUGUUCCUUUUGUUUUAAUACUAAUAGCUAAAUCUCUUUAUGACUAUCAUGAUGGAAUUUUUAUUUUAGCUGUAUUAUUUAUAACAUUUGCACAUACAAAUUCAGUUGUUAAAAGGGAAACUAUCAAAAGACAAAGAAGAAGUAAAGGCUCACUUGCUCUGGAGUUGUUAUAUAUUAUAGUGUGUCUUCUAUUUAUUCAUUAUGUGUUUGCUGAUGAUCUACAUGAUUUUAAUGUUAUAUUGAAUUUGGUAUUAAUAAGAUCAUUUACACACACACUUACUGUUUGGAACUUGUUGUGGAUUGUAACUAUUACUGAUUUUACGCUGAAAUUAUUGACGGUUUCUGUUAAAAUUCUAUUAACAAUGUUGCCUGGAGCAGUGCUGGAUUUUAAAAAAAGGGGAAAAAUCUACUUGUUUAUAGAAGCAAUUUCCCAAAUGUAUAGAAGUAUUGUUACUAUACAACCUUGGUUGUACUACUUACUAGAAUCGUAUCAAGGACCUGAAAAAAUCGUGGCUGUAUUUCUCUCUGCUUUCUAUAUGAUAUCUAAAGGAUCUGACCUAAUGUUGAGGGUGAAAUUACUGAAAGUUGCUUGUUUGAAACUUCUUCAGAAUGUGAGCAUUGGAUCUUCGCCCAGUAAAGAUCAAAUCCAAACAGCUGGUGAUCAUUGUCCAAUAUGUCAUGAUCAGUAUGAUUCACCCGUUUUACUUCAAUGUAGACACAUCUUUUGUGAAAGUUGUGUUACUACUUGGUUUGAUAGAGAACAAACUUGUCCACUUUGUAGGGCAAAAAUAGUAGAUGAUCCUUCAUGGAGGGAUGGAUCUACGGCAUAUUUUAUGCAGUUGUUUUAAUAAUUAGGGUUUUUUUGUUAAUAAGAUGUUCAAUAGCAUACAUUUUUUGAAAUAUCAUUUCACAUAUAUUUCAUAGUUCAUAAAAUGAAGAUGUAAUAUGAAUAUUAACCAACAUUGUUUUAUAGGAAAAAAAUUUAUUUUUGAUACGUUUUUUUUUAAUGAUCAUUUGCAUAAAAUGUUUGCUCUUGUUUAUUUUUUAUUUGAAAAAAAAAUUAAGUUUAUUUGUAA